AGUGCUGCCCCUUUCGUGUUCCCCUGAGAGCAAUUGACAGGACGGAUAAGGAUGUGGAAGUUUCCAAAACCUGGUGCCCAUAGCUAGCCCCUCUGAAAACAGGUGGUCCAGUGUCUGCUGGAAUUGGCACCCGUGAACAGGUCCUCGGACUCCUCUGGAGAAGUGCAAUGAGUGGGCGAAGAUGAAGCUUCUUGGAAAGUAUUACUGCCACCAGUCUGAUACUGUCAGAAACCAUUCCUGAUGGUCCGGAGAAGAAAUCCACCAGGACUGACACUCUGAUCAAUCUCCUCUGGAAUUUAUUCUGAGUAAAAUGUCCUCCUACACCACACUCAUGUCAUAAGAUGAAGCCCAUAGUCCAAAGAAGACGAUCUACCCCUUCUGCCAUUACUAAAGUUCUCAGCAAGUCGAAGUACCAUUCCAGGGAAACUGCCCUUUCCUCUUCCCAUUCCAACAAUGGGCUGCUGAGUGGAGUGUUCAGCAGCCCAGGCUCCACUUUCGUCCUGGAUGAACGAGUACAGCUAACCGUGGGCCUGCAGACCCAGGAAAGACAUUUGAUCUUGUUCAGCGAUGUGCUGGUCAUCGCCAAGUCCAAGUCCUCCUCCAGUCUGAAGCUGAAAAAGCAGGUGCCUCUGAGUGAAGUGUGGACUGGCACCUGUCUGAACGAAGUGACAGAGAAAAAGAUGAGUCCUGAGAAUUCGUUUGUCAUUGGCUGGCCUACCACCAACUAUGUGGUCACGUUCAGCUCAGCUGAUGUGAAGGACCGAUGGCUGUCAGCCUUGCUGUGGCAUAUCAGUGAGGUAAAACAGAAUGAAUAUCUGAAGAACCUAACCCUUGAGAUCUUGGUGCUGGACACUGACAACUGUUCUUCUACUGCCAUGGUCAAUGUGUCCAAUGUGGAAACUGCAGAAAGUGUGAUGCAGAAGACCCUGCUACAGCUUGGGCUUCCGGACAGGACAAGUGACCACCACCUGUGGGUGAUCUCUGGAAAAGACGAUCCUGCUUACCCUCUCAUUGGGCAUGAGCAUCCUUUCAGCAUCGCAUUGAACGGUCUCCGAGACUCUGCUGACCAGCAACAAGGAACCAACAUUAACACCGUCCUGGCUGGUGGGACAGCUGCGUCCUUCCUUGCUCAGCUCCCAAAGGAAAAACAGUGUCAAUUUGUCUUGAAACCCAGGCUCCAAGCUCCAAUUCAGCUGAGGAGAGAAUCGCUGCAGAAACACACUAAGAGGAAGAAGUCCUUGAUUGACUGGGCCCUGCGCCGCAGCAGCAGCACCCCUGCGGGCAGCCCCCCUUCACAGUCACCUACCACCCCACGGAAGCUCUUUGGCCUGUCCCUGUCCUCUGUCUGUCCUGAUGGGAUCCUCCCCAAGCCAAUUAUGGAUAUGCUGCUUCUGCUGUACCAUGAAGGUCCCUCUACUAGGGGCAUUUUCAGACGUUCUGCCAAUGCCAAGACUUGCAAGGAGCUGAAGGAGAAGCUGAACUCUGGAGAUGAUGUCCAGGUGGAUGGAGAGUCAGUCUUUGUGGCUGCCGCUGUCAUCACGGAUUUUCUCCGAAAUAUACCUGACAGUGUUCUAUCCUCAGACAUGCACGGACUGUGGAUGGAAGCUGUGGACACGGAAAAUCAGGCACAUAAGAUUGAAGCUAUCAAAAGUCUGGUCAACCAGCUUCCAGAGGCCAACCACAUCUUACUCAGACAUCUCUUUGGAGUCCUCCAUCAUAUUGAGCAGAAUUCUGGCGUCAAUCAGAUGAAUGCCUUUAACCUGGCUCUUUGCAUAGCACCCAAUAUGCUGUGGCUACCAAGUCCCACUGGGCCUGAAGAGGAGAGCAGAUCCACAAAGAAGGUGGCCUUAUUAGUGCAGUUCCUGAUUGAAAACUCAGGGGAGAUUUUUGGAGGUGACAUUGCUUCCUUGUUUCAAAGAGCAGACAAAAAGAAGUCAAAAAACUCAGAGGAAUCUCUGGGUAUAGACUUGGUCCAGCAUGAUGAUUCCUCUGAUGAGCUGGAAUUUUCUGCUUGUGACCCAGAAGGACCGAAGCACCACCUGGUACCUGAAACAGAUGCCAUUUUUGAGCCAUCCAGCAGCUUGAUACUCGAUGAGGAUCGGGAAGACUGGGACUUGUUCAGUGAGAUCACAGCGUGCUACCAAAGCAAAGUCUGGAAGAACACCAGUGCAGACAGCUAUGACCUCCUGGAAGAGGAGGGCUCCUUCUGCUCCAUUGGCUCCAUACGCUCCCUCAGCUCUGCCAGGGACCGGUGCUCGUCAGAGCCCAGCGUCUGCCUCCGCUCCCUGCUGCCGGCUCAAAGCCACGAGCCGGUGGCCCGCCAAUCCAGCUGCGAUGCCACCAUCAUGCACAGCCAUACAGACUACAUCCACAGGCUCAAGCAGUUGCAAGUGGAGAGCCAGAAGCUGAUUGAUGAAGGCCUAAGCCCUGGGGUUAACAAGGCCAGGCAGAACUUGCGGCAGCCACCUCAGGCCAGCUCUAGGGUGAAGCAGCUCAGCCUUCAGAAAUCCAGCCUGUCCAACAGGUCCAGCUUCUCCAGCCUGUCCUCUACCACCACCUCCCCGUCUGCCUCCUCACUCAGCUCCUUAGACAGUGCUUUCUCCUACUGCUCAGAGUCAUCAGCUGUCAGUCCCACAGAUGUCUCAUCCCUGCCAUUCAUGUUUGGCACAUCUGCCAGGCUUCAUGCUGUGUCCCCCAAGAUUGCCAUAAGAUCCCCAAAAGAGUGGCACAAGUCCUUCACAUCUGCUCUGCCUUUACACCCACAUGACCCAAACAGUUGCCAUGAGUAUGAACCCAAAGCUGUAGAGAGCAGUCAUUGCUUUGGAGAGAGGAAAGGUUUUCCAUUUGUCAGCAGGGCUGCCUUGGGAAGCCCACUAACUGACACUGACUGGGAGGAAGAGGAGAGUCAGCUGAGUCGUGUAGGAGGUCCUGGCCCAGGGCUUAGAAGUCAGGAUUGUACCAAGGAGUUUGAACAAACCCCUGAGCUCCCAGCUGCCGGCACAAGAUCCCCACAAGUAAGCCCCCAGCAGCACAGGGAGCAGGCAGUGAAGAACAUUGAAAUCAAAAGUGCUGGUGUCUGCCCUCCAAGGCAGGAAAACCUGAAGCGCACCAAGAUAACUUUUUACAUGGCCCCAGAUAAAGCAAGCUCUUGGGAGUCUGCUGUGGAAGGGGAAGAGGCGAGAUCCAUGUCAAACACCAGCAGAAGUGGCUCACCCAGCAGCAGCGAGCAAAGACUGUCCAAGAACUUCCAGACUGUACAAGUCCAUAUCCCCCAGACAGUUUUCUAUGGUCAGAAUACCCGCCUUGUCCUGGAGUCCAUCUCCAGGCACUACCAUCAUGAACCAGUGAUCCCAUCCCCACAGGCAGAGCACAAAGAGAGCCCCCAAAGUGCCUCCGCUCCUGAGGAGCUGAAGAGCGAGCCAGUGGAAAUGGCGCAGGCACCAACCCAGAGCAAGAGCUUUGACACGUUCAGCCACACCAUUCGCAUCAUCCUCCCCACCUCCAUCCGAAACACUGUUAGGGAGUAUUUCAAGCAGGAUGAAAGCAAGACCUGUCCCCUGGCUGAGGCUGAAGCAGUGGAGAAUGAACUCCUCCGGAGCAGGGUGGAGUGGCUCAGGAGCCAGACAAUUGCAGAGGUGGCCACAGAGCAGCGUGAUACUGUGGCAUUUGCAGAAGAGACGUUUGUCUAGGGAGGUGAAUGUGGGAGAUCUGAAUAUUUUUUUGUGUAUGUGCAGCAGAAAAUAUUCUGUAAGGUAUGAUCAGGAUGUGAAGAAUCUAGAGGCUGCAUGGGGCAAUAAGUGUAAAGAUGCUAAUGUAUAUGUAAUGUUGAGAUUUAACAUCCUUUUUGGCGAGGGGCAUAUGGGCUUUGGAUUUGUUUGUUUUUCCUUUACACCCUUUUUUCUACAGAAGAGACUUCAUUGGCUGGGUGUCUAAUUAGCUAAAUGCCACCAGAAUCCCCCAUCCAUGAAUUAGCUGACCUGUACAGGGUCUGACUCAGUUUCUUUUCAAAAUGGGAAAGGAGAAACUCUGCUUCAUUUUCUCCAGACAGCUGCUGAUGCCUGUGGGCAACUGGAGAACUGGGACAGCUACUGCUCCAUCAGAAUUAGUUAAAAAUCUUCACACUUGCACAAAAUCCUCCACUGUUCAUCACCAGCAUUCAUCUAAAGAAAGAGUCUUCACCUCCAGCCCAGAAACCACUCCUUCUCUCUGCUCUCCUCUUGUCUCCCAAGGACUUAGCUCAUUGGCUACAUUCCUUCCCAUUUGAGGCUGGGUUCCAGAAACACCAUUUAGAGCCCACAGCCCCAAGCCCAGCUUUCACCGAUAGAUGGCAUAUGUAACAUUUUAAGCUCAAGACUGCUUUUUUUUUUUUUUCCCCAAUUAAUUGUGCAUCAGUUCCUCUCUUAAGCCUUCUCCAAAGCUGUGACAGAGCCACAGCUACAGAAAGGAUGUCAGCACUGUUCCUUGGACAGGGCUAUGAACAUUUGUCAUCUUCGGUGUCCUCUGAGAGUGGCUGGUCCUUUCAGUCCUAGUGAAAGGCAACAUUAUAUUUCCGUAAAUGAUGGUGACAUUUCAGAAGGCCCUUUCCAGAGGCACUGUGGAUGGGGAAACUAAUCAAAUUGCUAGUCAUGCUGAGAGGGUCUUAAGCAGGAUUUGGCUUUAGGAUGAGGUCGAGGAGUUAUGGAAGUGUCAAGAAUGUUUGCCGAGUGGAUGCUGAAGCAAAGGUCCUUCUGGCCAGGAAGUUGUCAGACAGUCCAUAAGCCGAGCACGUCCAGGCUUCAACAGGAUUGUGCUGUCUCAGAGAAGCAUUGGGUUCCCACUUGACAUAGUACAUGACCCAGUAUGCUCCAGCUGAAUUACAUAUGGAGAAAUGCCAGGCAGGAAUGCGCUAAUCAGGCUACUUGUGGUGCACCACUAAAAAGAAAUGUAGCCAGUGGACUAGCCCUGUGCUUCCAGUUAUAGCAAUACUCAGAAGCGUCAUAGCCAUAAUAGGUCUUGCUAAGAGGGUUGCGCUGCUGUCAGCCAAGCUCUGGGAAGAAAGUGAGAGCACCAUGUUAGUUUGACAGGUGUUAAGAAAAUGAUGGGAAAAGUCUGAGGGGUUCAGGAUGUGUCAUUUCAAAGUUGUGUGAGAGUUUUCUAUGGUAGCUCCUCUGAGAGAGAUGUUCCUUUUACUCCCUUAACAUUGAGUCGGUGAAGGAUAAGUACAGGAAUCCUAGCAAGUGGAGGGCAGUUCUUGUGGACUAAGUGCCCCCAAAAGCUGCGGAGUAUCUGCAGAGGGCCAUACCUGAGCUGCCUGGCUCCAGCUGUGAAUCAGGCCUGGCAUAGAGCAGGGAGCUAUCGCUGUGAAAGGAGCUGCUUGGUAUCUGCUGUGCCUACUCAGCUGCCAGGUGCCCACCACAGCCAGUGCCAGAAUGCUUACCUAGCAUUCCAGCUUCACCAUGGGAUACUGAGGGAAGCCCAGAGCUCACUUUCCAAGGUGUAGAAUUUGAUUUGUUAAACACCAUGCAUGUAAAUCCCAGCUGUGGUGCUCUGUGUCCCAGCUCACCUUGGUGAUGCAUGUAUUAUGGAAGGUGUAUAUAAUCACAAUACAACUCCUCCAUGAAUACUGACAAGGCAGUCACAGUUUUUCCAGAGCUACAGUUGUACCUAUUUCAAUAAAUGACACACGUUUGUUUGUCAGAGUGGUGCAGUGAUGGCCUUCUGUUCCCUUGCUCUGGGUUCCCUCUCCUGUGCUUUGCAAAACGCCCACCUGAGCCAUGGAACACACGUGCUCCCUGGAUCCAUGAAGCUGGUGAGGAGCCCCAUCCAGCAUAUCAGCUCAGGCAAUACUCUCAUUUGUAUCUUUUCAAGAAGGUGAAAUAACACCAAAUAUUUCAAGAAAAGUCUGUGUACUGGUAAGAGUUGUUACUCUGUGUUCUAAACAUGCUAACAGAUUGUAAACUGUCCCAGAGGCUGGGCUCAUUUCAAGCAAGGGGAGGCCUGAACCAAAUGCAGAGUAAGAGCUCACAAUUUGCAUCACCUUA